UCACUAGCGGACAAGGGAAAAUAAUGAAAUAAUCGUGAAAUUACGGGCAACUUUUGAAAUUCCGGAAGAUGUUGGGUGUACUACGUAUCCAAGGGGCGCUGGCUUCGGCGGGCCAGUCGCGCCUUCUAUCCGCCCGCCUGCUGGCCAGCAAAUCCUCCACUGACAUGACCACUAACCGAUGUGAAUCCACACAAUCGCCGGCAACCGAGCACUUUGAUAUAAUCAUUGGAGGCGGCGGUCUGGUGGGAACCACUUUGGCCGCCGCUCUGGCCAAGAAUUCCACGCUGGCGGACAAGAAGGUGCUGUUGCUGGAGGGUGCUCCCGAGUUCCGGGGAUUUAAUCCCACUGGGCCAUACCAAAAUCGCGUAUCCGCCAUCAACCACAACUCCAUUGAGCUGUUCAAGUCCAUAGAUGCGUGGACGCACAUCGAGUCUGCGCGCUACAAGCCCGUCAAGCAGAUGCAGGUGUGGGAGUCCAACACGGAUGCCCUGAUCCAGUUCCAGCACGAUAACUUUGCCAGCGAUGUGGCCUGCAUCAUUGAGAACGACUUGAUCCUGGAUGCGGUCUAUGCGCGUGUGAAGGAAGCUGCCAAUGUGGAGAUCCUCAACAAGGCCAGAAUCGAGUGCGUCCGCUUGCCCAAGGACUCGAACUCCAAUCUCUCCGAGCUGCAGCUACAGGAUGGACGCUCCUUUUCGUGCGACCUGCUCAUUGGAGCGGAUGGCGCCAACUCUGUGGUCAGAAAAGAGAUGAACGUGGAUGUCUUUUCGCUGAACUACGACCGGAUGGGCCUGGUGGCCACGCUGGAACUCGGCGAAGAUGCAUGUGAUAACUCCGUGGCGUGGCAGAGGUUCCUGCCCAACGGACCAGUGGCAUUGCUGCCCCUAACGGAUAGGCUGAGUUCCCUGGUCUGGAGCACCACCAAUGAGCAGGCCAAAAUGCUGCAAGCCCUUCCCCCGGCGGAAUUCGUAGACGCCCUCAACGAAGCCUUCUGCAGGCAGUAUCCUCGCGUCGAGCUCGCAGACAAGGCUGUUCAGGCUCUGAACUCCCUCUUCGGUCACAAUGCCAGCCAGCACCAGGUGCAGUACCCGCCAAGGGUGUGCGGCGUGCAGGACAAGUCCCGUGCCACGUUUCCACUGGGAUUCCUGCACGCCUCGUCGUACGUCUGCAAUGGAGCCGCUCUGGUUGGCGAUGCCGCCCAUCGAGUGCAUCCGCUCGCCGGCCAGGGUGUCAAUCUGGGCUUCAGCGAUGUGCGGUUUCUGGUGGAAUCGCUGGCAGCCGGAGCAUACGCUGGCUUUAAGCUCGGCGACAAGCAGCACCUCGUCAAGUACGAGCGCAAGUGUCUGGCCAAGAAUGUGCCCAUCAUGCUGGGCGUGCAUGGACUGCACACGCUCUACUCCACGCAGUUCAGUCCGGUGGUUUUGCUGCGGAGUUUGGGACUUCAGCUCACCCAGAACUUGCCGCCCGUCAAGAACUUGUUCAUGCGCGGCGCGAUGGGUCAGUAGAGCAGCGACAAUAAAUGGUUACAAUGGGGAAUUUAAAUCUUAAGUGUUUACUGUUUGCACAUCACUUGUGAGCGGAAUAAAGUCAGAGUUUAUAUAA